GCUUGACGCGGUGGGACAAAUGAAGUUCAUAGUCCACAGCUGGUGAUGGCGGAUGUUGAAAAAGAGAGCAUGAAGAAUUACCACAUAGCUUCGGAGAAAAUUAACCCGGAGGCCAGUCGCUAUCCUUACUGUAUAGUGUGGACACCUAUCCCCGUGUUAUCAUGGCUGUUUCCCUUCAUUGGUCACAUGGGUAUCUGUACUUCCACUGGAGUCAUCCGGGACUUUGCUGGGCCUUACUUUGUUUCAGAGGACAACAUGGCUUUUGGACAACCAACAAAAUACUGGAUGCUUGAUGUAAGCAAGGUUUACGCCAGCGGCUCCAAUGCCUGGGACACAGCCGUGCAUGACGCUUCAGAGGAGUAUAAACACAGGAUGCACAACCUAUGCUGUGAUAACUGCCACUCGCAUGUCGCAAUGGCUCUGAAUCUGAUGCGAUAUGAAAACAGCACCUCGUGGAACAUGAUCAACCUCUGCCUCCUCGCUCUCAUCCACGGAAAGCAUGUGAGCUGUGCAGGCUUCUGA